AUGACUAUCAUUCCGGACGUCUCCCGCCUGGCCUUGGAUGAUCCGGGUCCAGAGAUACUCCAGACACAAAUUCCAGACGACAUCAACCGCUCGACCGACCGGUAUAUGCAGAAGCUCAAGCUUUAUGCGAAAUCCAUCCCAUAUGCAAUUGAAUCAAAUGCGCGGAUGCAGGACAUGUUGGAUUUUAUCCUAAGGCGUAUAGCGCAGUGCGUAGAGGCAAAGGACUUCGAACCGGGUCUUGUCCAGUGGGACAGCAUGAUCACUUACUGGAAUAUGCUCAAGUAUCCAUUUCCAAAGGAGAAGCGCAUUCGCCUUGCGAAGUUGUAUUUUCAUGUUGCAACGACCCCUGGUAUGCCCACGCAAGCCAUGGCCGUCUGCGCGGAUGGGUUGUCAAAUUUAACUCGUUCGAAAAAGAAACUGAGCAUUGACGACAUGAGACUUCCGUGGAAGCCUAUCUAUAAUAUCCUUCAGGAAGACUUGUUUCUAACUCGGCGUCAGUUCGAGUACAGCCAACUCUCGUGGUGUAUGGGCUACAUUGCUGAUAUAUCGAGGAGGUUCUUCCACCCCGCGGCCAUUGAAGAGAUGCUGAGCACUUUCCUGCCUGGAUUUAAUGGGACCAACUUAGACAGCGUUCUUUCGUCACAGUACUAUCUUCUGACCUUCUUACCACUGACACAUCCUCAAUCGUAUCUCCCUAUGUUAUGUCGUUUGUGGGAGUCCAUUAACUCCUACAUGUACGAUGAAAGGAUGUUGCAAUUCCUGUCACGCCUCGCAGAGAUGCACGUGGACCCAACCAUCAGUGAUCCUGCUCGCAUUUAUGAUAUUCUCGAUGAUGAAAAGUCUGAAGAUGAGGGCAGACCGAAGUGGAAACAAGAUGAUUACCAUGCAGGACAGACGUGGUCUGGUCUUUAUAAGGAAGUUGGAAUAUUCACUGAGCACGAGUGGCAUCUUAUUAUGUGUAAAUGCCUUGCCUCGAUGGCAAUUUCACUGAAGGAUGGUGGGUCGCUCACUACGGGACCUACGGCCGACUCUUCUUCAAGUUUUGAAAUUAGAAGGCUGCCCCAAGCAAGCUGGCGUAUCUCAUCUCUCGCCAAACUUAUCGUGUACUCUAUGGCCCCUGAUGGUGCUUCUGCACCUCCUUCUACUGCGUCUACGCCGUGGUAUACACCAAUGACUUCAGGCGUUAGCACGCCUCAAGUUAGCGGUUCUGUAGGCGAAUAUCUUACAGUGCCACUCCAUAAGUGGGAGCCACCGAAGCUAUAUCUAGGUGGUUCUAAAGCUCUUGAUUCGCUUGCACGUCUCAUUGCAUCUACGGAACAUUUCUUCCACCCUACCAACUCUGGAAGUUGGACAUCCGAUCUCACUGCCUUCGUCAAGUACAUCGUGUACGAGUUCAACAAGCGCUGGCACGAAGAACAACUGUCCGACUGCAAAACACCUCUGACUCGACGGCUCACCCGAGAGAUGAAAAGAGAACUGGUCAAGUGCCUCCGGACAGUUGUGUUACUUGCCAUCUUCUCCCAGGAUAGUUCCACUGUUUCAAAUGUCCAGAGCGCUCUGAAGUCCAUGUCGUGCAUGGAGCCUGACCUGGUAUUUCAGCCAAUUUUGGAACGAGCUAUCCCUUCGCUAGAGGCUCUCGUUGAGACCCAGCGCACCUUGUCCGUAAUCAAGGCACUGAGCUCUAUUGUUCCUGCAAUCGUUUCUCGAGAAAUUUAUUAUCCAGGUGCUAAGCAUUUGAUCACCAUUCUGCAUUUGCUUGUACCUGGCAUCGAUCUUCUUUGCACGACGGCAUUUCUGUCGGAAGUGUCACAGUACAUCAUGUUUGGGGACGUGACAUCCUCCAAGGAUUCAGAGGCUUCUGGCGUGGACAUUUCCCCUGGUCAAAUUACUGAUGAUAGCUUGGAGGACACUAUGGAACUGAAGCUAUCUAACGAAGCUGAGGAUGCGCUUCUCAAAGACAGCACCGGCAGUUUUGCGAGCUGGGUAGCCAGCCUCAUACAUCGUGUUAUCCAGCUACUUGAGAAUCUCCCAGAAGAAGGACCGGAUGGGUCAGCCGGAGGGACUACGGAAGUACAAGUGGUGGAUGCUGUGACUGGUGCAUGCAGUCAAAUCUGUGUUCAUUUAUCCGAUCCACUUUUCGACCUCGUGCUCAACAUGAUUUUCGAUUACGCAAGCACAAAUGUUCGUUCUAAUGCUGUCCGUGCGAUACACCAGUUAGUCGAAUGCAUUGCGAAUGCCCACCCCAAAAAGACUCUGGCCAAGUUCUUACCUUCUAUAGAACAUGGUGCUAGCUCAGUGAGGACGACAUCUCCAUCAUUGCCGCUUCCGUCGGAUGCGACUCUGCACUGGAAUCUUGCUAUUCUCCGAGGUUGUGUCUAUAAGUGUCUUCUCGAGUACAAGGGCGAACUCUUGUCGUUAUUAACUCUGCUACGCGACAAAACUUUUUCGAAACGGGGGUACACUUGGAGCGGAAAGUUACUCUCCAGCGCAUUAAUUACACUUACUCAUACUUACCCGAUCGAAAACAAGUUCGUCAACCCCGAACAGUGGAACGAUGAAGAAUUUCAAAGAAACCAUCACUUAUACUGGGGCAAGUUGUUUGAGCCCGACGAGGUCAAGAUCACAUGGCAUGUCCCAAGUGCCGAAGAGAUUGACUUUUCACUCCAACUAUUCCGCGAGUUGGUCGAACCUGCGAUGACUCGCCUUGACUUGUUGCUUGAAACUUGUAAUCAUCUCAGUUUUGUCCGAGAAGCCUUCACCGGAAUUCCAACGCUCUUUAAGGAGUUUAUAUCACCAGAUGUGUUGCAAUCCAUGCUUGCCUCGAGUGACAUUAUUAAUGAAAUUCCUGAAAUGAUUGCAUCAAUUGAGCCUCUGGCUUCCGGGUUUUGCCUUACAGACCCGCAAGACGCACGGUAUAAGUACAUUGCUAAACUCCGGCGUCGAUUCGGAGAGUUUUUGCACGCAGCAUCCUUGUCUUUGCAAAGACAAGGCGAGGAGAACACAGUUGAUGCUGUACAGAUGCUUAUCGGUUCAAUCCGCACCUAUUUGCUCGAGUAUGGCGACAGCAAGGACAGCUACUAUGUAAACUGCGACCAAUACAACUCAGAGAUCGGUGUAGCUCGUCAAUAUGCAGGACAGAAGGUUUGGCCGCGCGCAGUGUUUGUCCGAAGAGCUCGAUUUUAUCAUUCCUCUCGACUAUUCUGGAACUCCAUCGAGCGAGCUAGAGGUCCGCUCGAGAAUUCCUUGCUGGACGAUGUCGUUGAAUGGUCAAUGUGGCAUUAUCCUUCGGCCCUUCCGGUACUGUAUGCGGCCCUACAGCCUGGUACUGAUGACGAUCGCAUGAAAGGAGCGUUGUGGACGCUGAAUAUAUCAUCGUUUGAACCGACGUUAGUGCCAGAGAUCAUCCAGCAGCUCCUUGGAUGCCACCAUAAUGAGAAGCUACUUCGAGGUCUGGCCAACUUCUCGGAGCCUUGCUAUCUCAUCUAUGACAUUAAGAAUACCGCCCUUGAUGAAGCCUUACAUGCUCUGAAGAGUUGUUUGUCAUUUAACGAGUCAGAGAAUUCCAUCACUCUCCAGGCCCGUGAGAAGCGCAUCGAGCGUACUAAAGCGGUUCUCGAAAUUGCCAAUGACAACGCAACACAUUGGCGCUAUGCGAUAGUUGCAGUUAGGGUACUUCGCACUCUGCUGCGUCGGGAUACUCCGACUUCGUCUAGUCACCUUCGUCUUUUCUUGGAGAAAGUGCGUGAUAGCAAUCCUACCAUGUAUGCGCAAAGAGGCAUCAUGAAAGCACUCAGAUACAUCAAGCUUCGAUCGUACUGUCGAAAUCCAGCGGCUUUGGCUUUAUUCUCCCCAAUCAAUCCACUACGAUGCCACAUUCCCAUUGAAAGGUCACAGGUCCCUAUUAGAUCUUCGGAGACUCUUGAUCUCACCAGGUGGGGUCCUUCUAAAGUCACGCUGAGAAGUACUCACUCCCAUCGAAGUAUAUAUUGCGAUACACUACAUCAGGGCUGGCUCGCCUGGAGCGAUACACUGGCAGCAUACAAACCACCUCAUGGGUUGAAAAGCACCUUCAAAUGGGAGCCAUCAAGCACAGAGGCUUUGUCUUGCCUACGUGAAAUAGCAGUGGACGCAGACUUCUGGAAGAAACUUUCUGGGCACUUCGCCGAAGAGAACCACGAGAGCACUGUGGUACAAGACCAUAUAUCAUGUGUCAAAUCAAUAUUCCAAGUGUUGGGUGACGAACCCUGGGACCUGUUGAAGCCCAAACUAGAGAUGCUGCUAGCCGACCAGGAUAAGAACAAGCAAAGGGCCGCGGCAGAACUUUUGGCUGGCGUUCUGAACGGUUCUAAACAUUGGCCACAAGAGACCCAAGAUCGAAUCUGGCAAUGGUUCACACCCUACAUAAAGAAGACGUUAGGUCAGAGCAUGAAGACAGAGACUGUACCCAUCUGGACUUCGUUUGUCGAGUACAUGUUCCAUCACAAAGACCCGCGGCGACUCCAACCACUCGUUGAGCACAUCGUUGAACAGUUCAAGAGCAUGGACUACAAUGGACCAUCAUCCCUGGAAUCUAUCAAAGUUCUGGCAUUAUUUCGGGCAUUUUACACUGAAUUAGGGUGGAAAUUCACAUCUUGGUCGGACAGCACUAUGGAACGAUUUUGGCAAGAAGUACACAGUGAACACGAUGAUGUUAGAUCCCAUGUUGCCGAGAUGAUGGCAUUCUGCAACGGUAUCAAGUGGCAACCCAAACCCACCUCUCUCGAUGUCGAAGCUUUCGUACGGGAAUGUCGAGAAGUGACUGAUGAUGCAGACAUCAUGGGCAUAUGUGGGACCUAUCACACAAGCAGAGUCCUCGAACUCGUGGACAAUUUCAAAGUGUGGAGAGAACAACGGCUACCAGGCGUGAGAGCCCAUCAAUCAACAUAUGACAGAGUUGGGAUCGUCGUUUGCCGAUGGUUGUACCUGUCAGUCCACAGUACUGAUGCGAUAUCUGCAUUCGACUAUAUUUUGCCUCUUAUGCCUGAACUGUUCCGUUUCACUGAAGUGCAUGAUAACGAGGAGCUAGUAAGGCAUGCUAAUGUGCUUCUUGUUUGCAUGUGCGGAGUCGCUCCUCCACGAUCAAUGAUCGGCCCCUUAUUAAGUGCUAUAUUCUCCGCCAUUCAGACCUCACCAUCAUGGAAGGUUCGCUUGAGGGCCCUACCAAUUCUACAGGUUCUGUACUUCCGACAACUUCCUCUGAUUAGUGAAAGCGAAGUCAAUGAAAUUCUAGACGUAUUGUGUAAAUGCUUGGACGACGAAGUUGUGGAGGUGCGGGAGAUGGUGGGGACCACCUUGUCGGGAAUACUUCGACUGUCUUCGAGGCGCAGGGUUGUGACUUUGAAGGACCGAUUCGUCAAAUUGGCGGGAAAGAUUCAGCUCCCUGAUCGCGUAUCACCAGUUUACAAUGCUGCUGUCCGUCAGCGGCACGCCGCUGUCAUUGGCAUAUGUGCCCUCAUUGACAGUUUCCCGUAUACCAUCGAGAAAUGGAUGCCAGGGCUCUUGACGACAGUGAUGCUGGAACAUACACAUGACCCUAUUCCAAUUUCGACAACUAUCCACAGGUGUGCGAGCAAUUUUAGGAAAACGCAUCAAGACACUUGGCACGAAGACUCCCGGCGCUUUACCGAUGAUCAGCUCGCAGCUCUGUCAACGUUACUAACCGGAUCAUCGUAUUAUCAUGACAGAGCAAAUCUCAUUGAUGUUGAAUAUUUACACAUUGAAUUGUAUAGAAGUAGGCUAGAGAAAGCAAAUUCCAAUACUCCAUACACAACAAAGUUCAGUCGUCCGUGA